AACUUUCUUUCAUAAUUUCAAAAGGAAGUUACAUAUUAUAAGUAAUGGGUUCUACGACCACCAUUUCGAUUCUCAUUCUUCUUCUUCUUCUAGGGUUGGUUCAACUUGCAGUUUCAGGGCAUGACUAUAAACAAGCUCUAAGCAAAAGCAUUCUCUUCUUUGAAGCUCAGAGAUCAGGACACCUCCCUCCUAACCAGAGAGUUUCUUGGCGAUCUCAUUCCGGUCUUUACGAUGGCAAAUCAAGCGGUGUGGAUCUAGUGGGAGGAUAUUAUGACGCCGGAGACAAUGUGAAAUUCGGGCUUCCGAUGGCUUUCACGGUGACAACAAUAUGUUGGAGUAUCAUAGAAUACGGUGGCCAGCUGGAAUCUAACGGCGAACUUGGUCAUGCAAUUGACGCCGUUAAGUGGGGAACUGAUUAUUUCAUUAAAGCCCACCCUGAACCUAACGUCCUAUAUGGAGAGGUAGGAGAUGGUAAGUCGGACCAUUAUUGUUGGCAAAGGCCAGAGGAAAUGACCACUGAUCGUAAGGCUUACAAAAUUGACCGGAACAAUCCUGGUUCUGAUCUCGCGGGAGAAACCGCUGCCGCAAUGGCUGCGGCUUCCAUCGUUUUCCGCCGCUCUGAUCCAUCAUACUCUGCCGAGCUACUUCGUCACGCCCGUCAGUAUGGGGCACGUGCCCCACCUUAUGAUGCUGUAGAUCCGCCCCUGCAAGCAACCAAUGAUAAAUAUUAUCUAGAUUACCUCGGCAAGAACGGCGACUCUAUGGGUGGUACGGGCUGGUCGAUGACCGAAUUUGGUUGGGACGUUAAGUAUGCUGGCGUUCAAACCCUUGUCGCUAAGGUUUUGAUGCAAGGAAAAGGAGGAGAACACACUGCUGUGUUCGAGAGGUAUCAACAGAAAGCAGAACAGUUUAUGUGUUCGUUGUUAGGUAAAAGCACGAAGAACAUUAAGAAAACUCCGGGCGGUUUGAUUUUCCGACAAAGCUGGAACAAUAUGCAGUUUGUCACGAGUGCCUCUUUCUUAGCUGCUGUUUACUCCGACUAUCUCUCUUCAUCCAAAAGAGAUCUCCGUUGUUCUCAAGGAAACAUUUCUCCAUCCCAACUCCUAGAUUUCUCAAAAUCACAGGUGGAUUACAUUCUCGGAGACAACCCUAGAGCGACAAGUUACAUGGUUGGAUACGGAGACAACUAUCCACGACAAGUUCAUCAUCGUGGUUCGUCUAUUGUCUCCUUCAAUGUCGAUCAAAAGUUCGUGACUUGCCGUGGUGGUUACGCCACAUGGUUUAGCCGAAAAGGAAGCGAUCCGAAUGUUUUAACCGGAGCUAUAGUGGGUGGACCUGAUGCCUAUGAUAACUUCGCUGACCAACGGGACAAUUAUGAGCAAACCGAACCAGCAACUUACAACAACGCGCCUCUACUUGGUGUACUAGCCCGGUUGAUUUCCGGUUCGACCGGUUUUGACCAGCUGCUUCCUGGUGUUAGUCCGACUCCAAGUCCGGUUAUCAAUAAACCAGCACCGGUACCAAAGAAGAAACCCACAACACCUCCUGUUUCUUCUCCUAGUCCCAUUUCCAUAUCGCAGAAGAUGACACACUCAUGGAAGAACGAGGGAAAGGUGUACUAUCGAUACUCAACGAGAUUAAAUAAUAGAUCUACAAAAACAUUGAAAAAUUUGAAGAUAUCAAUCACCAAGCUCUAUGGUCCAAUAUGGGGUGUGACGAAAACCGGAACUUCAUUCACCUUUCCUUCGUGGAUGCAAUCGUUACCGGCAGGCAAAAGCAUGGAAUUUGUCUAUAUCCACUCAGCAGCUUCUCCGGCAGAUGUCUUGGUCUCUAACUAUUCUUUGGAGUGAGUAAAAGUGUUUCGGUGUGUGAAACCGGUUUACUAUAUCUUGUAAACUAGUUCACCUGCUUUUGAAAAUAUUUGGUUUAGUUUUACCGAUUGGUUAGAUUUUUGGGAGGAUGAGAAAGACGAAUUCUCUAGCUUGUACACAUAGAGAGAGAGAUUUGAGACUAUGAAACUAGGAUUAAUCUGUUUCUUGUAAUUCAAGAAAGCCUUUUCUCCUUU